AUGUUCAACAUUCGCUCGUUCGUUUUGUUUUGUGCAAUGUUUCAAUGUUUCAAUGGGUUGGACGAUGUUGAUCAUCAACAAACAAAACAACGAGAAAAAUCUUCAGGGUUAAUUUCCUCAUUAAAAUGGGAGUAUGAGAGUGAACAGACUAGGAAUCUACCCUUAUGCAAUGAAGAAAUUCAUGAUUGUUAA